AUGGAUCCUAAUCAUUUUCAUUAUCAACAAGCUAUGUUCAAUUACAUGCAAAAUUAUCAAAAUCCUAAUUCUCAAAAUUCUCAAAUUCCAUCGGUGUCAAUAAACCCCACCAUAUUUUUUCCGUCACCAAACAAUCCAAAUAUGUUUCCUAGCCCUCAAAUGAAUUAUAGUAGUAUGAAACUUUUUCGUUACGAACCGAUGUUCGGUUGUCAACUUCCACCGUUUUCUACUCAAGUUGGUGCUGAAACAGAAAAAAGUGUUGUCGUUAAAAAAAAAUCUCGAGAGCAAUUUACAAGGGAUGAGGAUAUACUUCUUAUCCGCUCCCGGCUCAAUGUUUCAAAGGAUCCAAUUGUGGGAGUUGAUCAAAAGGCUGAGAGUUUUUGGGUAAGAGUCGCUGCCAAUUAUAACCAGUAUCGUGGACAAUCGCGGAAAAGUCAAGGGGACAAUUAA